AUGGGCAGAGGGAAACCGACAUUUGCAGAAGCGAUUAAGCAACGGCUCGAGCGACCUUUGGACAGUCGCACUAUUGUGCGCAGUUUUGACGACGUGCAGAUUGCAUGGUCACGUUCGCAAGGUGGCUCUUCGCCGCUGCCUCCAUUCCCCUUUCAUAUCUAUCUCAUUCGUGGAGCUACAUCCUUGAAUGUUACUGGAGUUCUGACCGACAAGCUUUUGUGCUAUAUCAGUGGCUGGCAGCAGCUUUGCGACCCGUGUUGGCACCUCGAGGUAUUCACGACUGUGCAGGAUAACGUGUUUGCAUGCAUCGAGCAUUACGAGCAAGAGCAGACGUCUAGGAGGCUUGAUUGUGAGAAGCCGUAUAUGUCCGACAAGACGUGUUUCUUGGUCGUCGAUUCUGAUGAGUGGGAAGAUGAGGGGCUACUAUGUGUCGAGUACACGAAUGAUGCACAUCUGCCAUACGGUGUUAAAGCAGAGAGGUAUAAGAGCUGGGACUCAUUAGCUACUCGUCUGAGGGAGCAAUGGUCCUAUCAAGGAAUGACAACCAUUGAGGAGUUGCUUGACGAGCGAAACCUGGCGCGAGGCUGGUCGAUUGACCUCAACUUGUAUCCUGACAGUGGGCCUGAAAAAAGCGUCAAUGGAAUGUCUCUUAUCGACGAUGAGCAAGCAUCAACAGCACUGCACCCAUCUGCUCUCAAUGUGGCUGACCUUGUGACCGUUUUGAGUGCGGAUGUCGAUGGUGUUGUUGAAGAGCCGCGACAAGACUCUAGGGGUAAUUAUACGGCACUGAAGCAUGCCUCAAGCGAACCGCCUCUGUUCGUCUUCUGCUUGUUUGUGCUCGGCCGUGAUAUAUCCUCCAGCGAAAGAUUGUCAGUGUUUGCACGUCUGAACUCCGGGCUAAUGGCCGGUGUUUCAUGGAGCCUGCACUUGUAUUCAAAUGCCACCAUGUCAUCUGCCUCCUCGAUCUUCGCAAGGGACAUGGCUUCCAGGAACUCUUCAGCUGGCACAACAAAACAUCCGUCGAGUUAUGCUGGAACCCCUCAACAGAAUUACAAACAUGUUUACAUGUAUCUCGCCGCUACGGAUAGCCCCUCCUUCGUCCUUUCCGUCCCAAUCUCAGAUCACGUCACCUCGCUACCGUCGGAUGUCUCCAGUACUGCUGGGGAGUCAGAUAGCAUUGACCUCAUAACUUUCAAUCCCGGAUCAUGGGACCUUGCUGCAGAUAUGCUUCAUACGUAUCUAGUCGUUUGCUCCGAAGCCCAGCCGAUUGCUCGCUCGCCUUCACCGCCUCUACCUCGUAUUUCCCUACACAUCUCUGUCAAUUCAGAGUAUAGCUCUGACUCAGAAAGCCCAUCACCAAUGGGACUGACCAUUACAUCACACGCUUCCGAGCCCAUCACGCUCAACGUCCGAGACACAAUUUUCGAUACCUCGUCUUGGCACUCCUACCUCCUCAUACUGGAUGCCACAUCGUCACGCGAAAUAUCUAGAAACGACGCAGCCAAAAAGCCCUCGUCUCACCUUCAAGUAUGGACGCUAGGACCAAAACUCCUCGAUUACGGCUUCUCGCAACACGUGGAAGAGACUGAUGAAGUCAGCUCACCCCACCUAGUGACUUUACACUCUGGUGUCCCAUUACAACUCCCUGUGUUACGUCCUCUACCUACAGAUUUCCUGGCUGAAUUACGUCCCGAGGAAGACGAGGAUGACAAGGUAUUUUUGGAGGAGCAUGAAGCUGGUGGGGAGGCGUGUUUCAAUCCUUCUGAUCGUGCUGGGGUGAAGAGUCUGUACGGGAGGUAUCAGAGCUGGGAGGUGGGGAAGAGGUAUCGUGUCAGCUUGAGACAGGGUACCAGUAUUCCAAGAUGGACUUGGGGCACUGGGGACGAAUUAAAGGGUCCUUAUAGGCUACCUGCCCUUGAUAUCGAAGUUGAAGAAGGUGGGAAUAAGGAGUUUGUGCUUAUCUAA